AUGAAAACUAGUAACAAACUAUAUCGAACAUCUCCCAUCCAGUCUCAGUACCAUGCCCAGGACGAGCUCGGCCAAUACUCCUUCGGGUAUGCCGGCGGUCCUGCUGCCCGUUCUGAGACCCGCGAUGCCUUCGGGAUCGUCAGAGGAUCCUACAACUACGUCGACUCCGACGGCAAGAUUCAGACUCAGCACUACGUAGCUGAUGCCCUCGGCUUCCGCGUCUCUGGCACCAAUCUGCCCGUGGCUCCCGAUGCCCCAGCAGCCGCUCCUCUGGCUGCUCUUCCAGGACCUCUGCCAGAACCCGUCCAGGAUACCCCAGAGGUGGCUGCCGCCAAAACUGCCUUCCGGAUUGCUUACGACGAAGCCGCCGCUGCAGCUGCUGCCGCCCCCGAUGCCCGCAAAUAGGCGGCCUCUCUGUUUGUUUGUUUGUUUGUUUCAUCGUGUUUGUGGCUAUCUCCUUUUCCCUGGAUCGGGCGACGUAGAGCACAUGAAUAUCAGUUGGUUGAUCGGUUCUCCUUCUGAAGGACUUCAUAAACUGGUGUUAUUCUGUGUUGACUCGCCUCCACUUCGUGUAUAUAAUGUAGAGAGACAUUCGGGCUGUGAUCAGAGUUAUGUGUGACUGUUAAAUCCUUUAAAAUAAA